AUGGAGCCAGAAACUACAAAGGUCCAAGCUUCGGAGGUCAGCGUUGCUGUGCCUGACAUGGAGGUCCCGAAGCGCGAUGCCACAAAUGACUCUGGCGCCGCAGGCGCGGACGAGCCUCCAUCCAAGAAAGCACGGUUGGAUGAACCUUCCAAACCCGCUCAGGUAGAUAUGCGCGAUAGAGGAAUUGCGCCCAUCAAAGCAGAAUAUCGCAUCCAAAUCACACCGAAGCCUCGCCCCGCAGAUGAGACUAGCCCUGACGAUGCCGCCGAGGCCGCUCCCCAUGAUGAUCGUGAUGGUGGCAAGAAGGACAAAGGAAAGAAGAAGAAGAAGGGCCAGAACACCAAUCGCAGUUAUGGUACAUCCAACGAUUCGAAGGGCCUUUGUAGCACAAGAAUGUUUGCCAAUGAGUUUGCCGCCGAAGAGUGCCAGUAUGGCGAGACAUGUCGAUUUGAGCAUGAUCUGCGUGUUUAUCUGAAGGAUCAUAAGCGCGAGGAUCUUACAACUCUGGGUAACAUGUGCCCCUCCUAUGAAGCGCUGGGCAAAUGCUAUUCCGGCUGGAAGUGUCGCAUGGUUGGUUCGCACUCAACGGAGAGAGAAAAUGAAGACGGCAAGAAGGAAUUGAUCUUGCUGGAGAACGCAGAACGUAUGGAGAAAGCUCGACCUCGUGUGGCCCACGCGACACCCGACGGAAUUGUCAACAUCAUUUCCAACGAAGACAAAAUCAGUCUUAUGAGAAGGCGUGAAGACACCCCUCGGGCAGAUGCUUACACCAAAUGGGCCACUGAAGUGUCCGCGGAAUUGGAGAAAGCGAUCCAUCAGCGAUCCACCGUCCGCGAGAAGGGUGAGCUUGUUGAACCGAACGAACAAGCGAAAAUCGACAUACAGGAGAAUCGUGCUCAGUUUCUCGAGCCUCCCUUCAUGCCGUCAGAGAAGCGCCGCAUUUACUUUGGACCGGAGACACCCGUUCUCGCACCUCUCACGACCCAAGGCAACAUGCCAUUCCGAAGACUCUGUGGAGAUUUAGGCGCACAGUUCACAUACUCAGAGAUGGCUAUGAGUAUGCCUUUGAUCCAAGGUUCAAAGUCCGAAUGGACCUUGUUGAAGGCACACGAAUCGGAAAUGGCACCACCAACCGUCAUCCCGGGCGAGAAUAUUGUUCAGGGCUAUGAUAACUCCAAGGACUUCAAGUUCGGUGCACAAAUUGCUGCUAACAAGCCAUGGCAAGCUCUCAAGGCCACUGAAGUGUUGUCAAAGUUUACACCCAACCUGCGCGUUAUUGACUUGAACUGUGGCUGUCCCAUUGAACUUGUAUUCCGCGAUGGAGCUGGCUCAGCUCUUCUUGACCAUCACUCUAAAUUGGAAAAGAUGAUUCGCGGCAUGAACACUGUCUCCCAGGAGAUUCCGAUUACCGUCAAGAUCCGCAUGGGGACCAAGGACAACCAGCCUACCGCUCAGAAGCUUGUUGAGCGUAUGGUUCUCGGUGGAUACGAGUCUAGUGUUCUGGAUCUCGGCCCCCCGGCAGACUGGGGAUACAUCUCAGACUGUGCAGCCCUCAUUAAGCGCCUGAACAAGAAACAGGAUGCUCUUAGCGACACUAUCCGUGAACCGGAUGCCCGCCACAUGCCCAACGGUGGUAAGACGUAUUUUAUCGGAAACGGCGACUGCUACUCACAUACCGACUACGAUGACCAUGUCAAUAAUGCUGGAGUGGACUCUGUCAUGGUGGCUCGUGGAGCUUUGAUCAAGCCAUGGAUCUUUGAGGAAAUCCAGACAGGCCAGUAUUUGGAUAAAUCCGCGACUGAGCGUCUAUCAUACAUCGAGAAAUUUGUCAAGUAUGGUCUCCAGGCCUGGGGCUCUGAUGAGCAUGGUGUUGGAACAACCCGUCGCUUCCUGCUAGAAUGGCUGAGUUUUACCUAUCGCUAUGUCCCCAUCGGACUGUUGGAGUACCUUCCUCCCAACAUCCAGGACAGACCUCCUGCUUGGCGUGGCCGGAAUGAGUUGGAGACGCUGAUGGGUAGUGGCAACUACAAAGACUGGAUCAAGAUCACUGAAAUUUUCCUGGGUCCUGCACCCGAUACCUUCAAAUUCGAGCCCAAGCACAAGUCGAACUCAUACGAGGCCGAGGGCUAA